AUGGACUUCAAUGACAAGGUGCGGGGCAUAUGCUUCCUCUUCCAGACAGGAGUGGCAAUUAUAGGGAACUCUCUUCUCCUUGUCCUCCAUGCCUGUGUAUUCCUCCUGGGCCAAAGACCUAAGCCCACAGACCUGAUCAUUGCUCACCUGUCCCUGGUUCAUGUCAUGAUGCUCCUCAUUAGGGUGGUCACUGUCACCAUGUCAUCUCUGGGACUGGACUUAAUCCAGACUAAUGUUGGCUGCAAGAUAUUUGCCUACAUGUACCGCAUCACCCGAAGCCUCUCCUUCAGCACCACCUGCCUCCUCAGUGUGGUCCAGGCCAUCACCAUGAGCCCCAGCAGCUCCCUCUGGGCCCAGCUCAAGCCUCUAGCCCCAAAGUGUGUCCUGCCAGCCUGUACCUUCUUUUGCAUCCUCAACUUGUUGACAGAGACCAACCUUCUCCUCCAAUUGUGCUUAGCACAUAAUGGGACCAGCCGGGAAAGAAGAUUCAAUGAUAACUACUGUUCCACUGUGCCCCUCAGCACUCCCCUCCUCUGGCUGUUUCUCACAUUCAAAUCUGUCCGUGACGUCUUCACCCUGGGGCUCAUGAGUUGCUCUAGCGGCUACAUGGUCCUUCUUCUCUACCAACACCGUCAGCAAACACUGCAUCUCCACAGCUCCUACCUCUCCCCAAAAAGUUCACCGGAGAGAAGAGCCACUCAAACUAUUUUGUUGCUGGUGAGCUUCUUUAUUGCCUUUUACUGUGCAGACUUUGUCCUUUUCUUGUUCCUGGGCACCUCCCUGAGAAAUGACUUUGUCCUAUUGAGUGCAAACAUGUUUGUGGUCAAUGGCUUUGCUACAGUCAGUCCCCUGGUGUUACUCAGCAGUCACCCCUGGCUCUCUAAAUUCUGGAUUUCCCUAAAUGAGAAGAAAAUCCCCCCACCUUGGCCCAGUCCCUGCUGUGGUCCCUGCUUCCACCUGAUGUUUGGGGUGUCCAGAAGAGAUGUCAGUCUGCCCACUUUGCCAGUCUAG